UCCCGCGUCUUUAUUGGCCGGUGGCCGCGAGCACUAAAACUCACCUCGGCUAGACGUUUGUACACUAGGGUCUAGCAAAGCCUCGACCCUUACGAAAUCUCCACUAACUCCGAAAUCAGCCAUCCUUUCUCGACUUUGACUCAUAGCCUUGCAUACUAUACAUAAUGAUCUCAUAAUCCUACACAAGGAUUGUGUUUUAACAUACUGAUUGUUGCCUCACGCAUAUUUCGAUCUCGGUGGAUAUAAGCUAAGCUAUCCGCCACAAAUGGCUUUAUGAAGCGUUGAAAGUGGUAUCCGAGUUUUAUCACUGAUUAGCUCACGAAUUUCACGAAAUCAUUCUCUAUUUUUCUUUUUGCAAACGUCUUUCUUUAAUUCACAUCUUGCCACGCAGCACUGCAUAAGCGCUGCUUACAAACGUUUGUAUCAACGAGUCGUUGAUUUUCGCAUCUUUCGAAGCCGCUGUAUUUCAAAAAGCGCAUUACGAGACGGUCUGGUCAUAACCCCCCCGGUUGUUAGACUACCUAGGUACCUAAGGUACCUAAGCUUGAAUACACGUAUUUGAAGUUGGCAACUAUGGACGCAGCAAUCAUGGAGGGUUCGCAACCUUCUGAACUGCCGUCAAAUCCAACAUCGAGGAAUCGUGGCCAUCGCCCUCGCGGAGGGAGAACGUCCGGUAGUCGUGGGGGCCGUGGGAGCCGUGGAGGCCGCGGCAAUCGAGGUCAGCGUAGUUUGCAAGUUGUUGAGGGGAACGAGACGUCACCAGCAAAUCCCGAAACUUCCGUCGCUUCUCCGGCCACUGCACCCUCAAAUGCCAUCAGUCGAGGUGAUAGAGGUCGGAGAGCCUCUAGGGGUCAAAGGAGAGGACGCGGUGAAAAUGCCCAGAGAGCGACAAUGAGCAGACCCCGAAACUUUGGCGGUCACCUGACAACCAGCACCGGGGAGUCCGAUGCUACGAGUUCGACGUCCUUAAAUGCUAAUGUUAUGGAGUUUAUUCCCGGUCAACCAUUAGCUGACCGAAGUAAUAGUACCGCCAUAAAACCUCAGGCGAAGAGCAGUGGCGGCAGAAAAGCUUCAAAAUCCAAUGCCUCUGAUCUUACUACGCGUAUUUCUGAGGAUAUCGAUAACGGGCAAUACGAAUGUGUGAUUUGCACGAAUGAGGUUCUGCGGAACUCGAAGGUCUGGUCAUGCUCUAUAUGUUGGACCGUAACGCAUAUGACCUGUGUUAAGAAAUGGUUCUCCAACCGGACAAUUAAUUCGGACCAAAUCAACUGGAGGUGCCCGGGAUGCAAUUCCCCUUUGACCGAUGAGCCUACUACUUAUCACUGUUGGUGUGGCAAGGAGAUCAACCCUCGAUCGGUUCCCGGGGUCGGUCCCCAUAGUUGCGGUCAAACAUGCUCAAAGCCUAGAGCGACUUGUCCUCACCCAUGUCCCCUCGAAUGCCAUGCUGGCCCCUGUCCACCUUGCCAGCUCAUGGGGCCGACUCAAUCCUGUUUCUGCGGUAAACUUACGUCUACAAAGCGCUGUGGCGAGACAGAUUAUGUUAAUGGAUGGAGUUGUCACGGAGUCUGCGGGGAUCUACUUCCCUGCGGAGAGCAUGAAUGCCAAAGGGAAUGUCAUUCCGGCCUCUGUGGUAGUUGUGAUAUUCCUGUCUUCUCUCUCUGUUAUUGUGGCCGAGAGUCCAAAAACAUUCCUUGCGACCAGCGUGGUGACAGACGAGAAUCUUAUAAUCGCGGCCAAAUCAAGACCGGAGAUGACGUGGAGAGCGAGGAUUUACCUGAUCAUUGGUACUGGGGUGCUUUUGAUUGUAAUUCUGUCUGUGACAGAUUCUUUGAUUGCCAAAGGCAUCGCUGUAAACGGAGCUGUCAUCCUCAAGAUGAGAUGGACGAGCAUUGUCCGUUCUCUCCUGAUUCGAUCACCUACUGUCCGUGCGGGAAAACACCACUAGUCGAUAUUCUAGACCAGCCAAGGGAGAGUUGCGAAGAUCCGAUUCCUAAUUGCGGGAAAACGUGCAACAAACCAUUGUCGUGCGGGCAUUCUUGCCAAGACACUUGCCAUACUGGACCUUGUGCGCCAUGUAUGCAGGCAAUGGAAAUUAACUGCAGAUGUGGUCGGACGAAGACGACCUCGAUCUGCCACCAAGGAACAAUUGCGACUCCCGAGUGCAUGAGGAUUUGCAGGGUUCAGCUCAAUUGUGGGAGACAUGAGCAUGGCGAACAUUGCUGCUCCGGAGAAAAGAAGGCGAUGGAACGAGCAGCCGCCAGGCGGAAGAACAGGAACGCUGGUCCAACAAAUAACGAGGUGGAAGCGGAACACAUCUGCACUCGCCCCUGUGGACGGGCUUUAAAAUGUGGAAGACACCAAUGUCAACAAAUGUGCCACAAGGGACCUUGUCCUUCCUGUCCCGAGGCUAUUUUCGAGGAAAUCAGCUGCAACUGUGGCCGAACGAUUCUCCAACCACCGCAGCCUUGUGGUACACAAGUGCCAGAAUGUCGCUUCGACUGUACCAGGCCUCGUCCAUGCGGUCACCCCCAGGUAUCUCAUAAUUGCCACCCCGACAGAGAGCCGUGCCCGAAAUGCCCGUUCUUGGUUGAGAAACGAUGCGUCUGCGGUAAGAAAGCGCUGAAGAACCAGCCUUGCUGGUUUGAAGAACCACUUUGCGGCUUGCCCUGCGGGAAGAAGCUCAAGUGCGGCGCUCACACGUGCGAGAAGACCUGCCACCGCCUAGGUGAAUGUGAAGAUGCUGAUAUCUCGGGGUCGCGAUGUAAACAGCCCUGCGGCAAGAAACGGAGUUGUGGGCAUUUGGAUACUGAACAGUGCCAUGCCCCAUACCCAUGCAAGGAGGACAAACCCUGUCAAGCGAGAACAUUUAUCACUUGCGAUUGCCAACGUAGAAAGCAGGAAGUUAGGUGUCUGGCAACAAAGCGCAAUUCAUCGCCCCAGCGGGAUACAAUUAAGUGCGAUGAAGAAUGUCUUCGAUUACAGCGAAAUGCUCUCUUGGCAAACGCCCUAAAUAUCGAUCCUCUAACUCACACGGAUGAUCAUGUGCCAUACUCUAACACGACUAUAAAGCUUUACAAGGACGAUCCGCAGUUCGCACAGACUUACGAACGAGAACUUCGCGUCUUCGCAGUAGACUCGACGCAAAAGUUCAUCCGGUUUAAACCAAUGAAGUCUUCCCAGAGAGCGUUUCUUCAUUCCCUUGCUGAAGACUUCGGAUUUGACAGCGAAAGUGUCGAUCCGGAACCUCAUCGACAUGUAUGUCUCUUCAAGACACCGCGAUUCGUAUCUGCGCCGAUGAAGACGCUUUCACAAUGCAUAAAGAAUAAGUCCCUAGCACAAGCCUUCCCUACAAAAGCACCAGCAGCAGCUAGUGAAGAUAUCUCGACGAGACAACCUUUUAACGCUCUACUCUUGUCGGCACCGCAAUUUGGGUUGACUAUCGAAGAGCUUGAUUCAGCACUUCAACGGGAGUAUGCUGCUUAUCCAGAUAUAAAGUUCGAGACAAGUUUCCUACCUUCCAACGAGGUUGUUAUCAAGGGCUCUGGUCCGCCAAGUCCACAAAAUCUAGAAUCUUCGCUUUCAUCUCUCAAACCUAGUUUAUUAGCCAAGGUUACCAGCUCGGGAUUUGCCAGCGACGUUUCUCUCUGUCAUGUCGAUGAGCAUUUGAAUGUACUACGGAACGAAAAAGAUACCCAGGGCAAAGGGAAUGAGGGUUGGAGCUCGGUUAUGCGCCGCUCUGCCCGCCCAAAGCCAGCUACCACUCCGGCAGCUUCCGCUAUGCCGCGUAGGGGUGGGUUCAUCGCUCUGAGGAAAGAACCAAGGAAAAAGGUCGAGGAACAAUCUGUCGAAGAGGACUGGGAGGCAGCGGCUGAAAAGCUAGACGAAGAAUGAAAGCGUUAUGAAAUGCUACUUAAAUGAGUAACCUAGUUCAUUGCCUAUAGUCAUAAUUUAAACAUAGCAAAUUGAGACCAUGAAAAAA